UUGAUUCAGCGUCUUGUUGAUGUUUGUCGGUUGAUGGCUUCCUCAACAGCUGCGAUGAUGUUCCUGUCAUCACUCCUACUUGGAAUGGUGCUGGAUCUAACUCUUGCACAAGAAACCACAAAACCGGAAGUGAUAGCUGUUGCGGUACUGGUGCCUCUUUUCCUCAUCAUAGCGGUCCUGAUAGUGGUUUUCGUAGUAUGUAGACGGAAAGUCCUGCAGGAAAAAAGAGAGGAAAUUUUUUCGGGAUCAGGUGAUUCGGAAAAUGAUGCGAUAGACACCGGAUUAAGUAAUGGAUAUGUUGAUGACGAUAUAAUGGAGAAGGAGGUGGCAGCGGUGGAUGUUAUGCGAAUGCAUGGAUCAGCAGAGUCAGAAGAUCCGGGACAUGGAUGUAAUGGUCCUACAGAUGAGAGGUUGAGUUCAAAUGGAUUGCUAAAGGGAGAGGGUUGUGUUGUCAGGACGUGUACAGAGGAGAAUGUAGUUGUGCAAAACGGAGCCUUAGAGAGAGAUUGUGAAACGAUUUCGUCUGUAGAGGAACAGGAAAAGGAAUGUGAUAACAAACUGUCGGUGAACGAUGAAACUGACACGGGGCUUGUUGGUGCAGAGGAUGGCGGCAGUGAUGUUGGUUUGGAUGCGGGGAAGGAUUGUAUGAAAGAGAAUGCUGGCGAUGACAUUGGAGGAGAAGUGCAGGGGACAGAAGCAGUCCCAGUAUUAAAGAAUUCGACCAUGAAUGAGAAAAGUCUAGGUGGCGGUGUGACAGACAGUCUGUUGGGGAGGGAAACUGGUGUGGAAGUAGAAAAUCUGGAGGUACUGAUAGAUGGCGAUCAAAAACAGAGCUGUUUUGAAGGCAACUAUGCGACAGUAGGUGAAGAACAGUUUGGAGACGAUGUUGAAAAAGAAGAUGAUGUGGGGUUUGGAAUUGAGGACGGAAAUUCACCAAGGAGAGACUUGGGUGAAAGUGACGAAUAUCUUGAGCAAGAGGAAGACAACUAUGCGACAAUUGGUGGCGAUGUUGAUGUUGAGACAGAGAAUAGUGGAUCGGGAAUAGAGAAUGGAAACCUUGCCGAAGGUAUGAGUGUUGAAAAGAAAAAAGAGAAGAUUUUCCUUAAUCGUUUCAAAAGAUCAAAUGGUGGCAGCCAAUCUGUUACAUCCGCGAACCAGCCUGUUGAGGAGCCAGUCUAUGCUGCUGUUGACCUGAGUAAAAAGAAAAGGUCAAGGUCAGAAAAAGCUGCGGGCGAGGCUAAGUUGAAAGUGGACGAGGUUGCAUCGAGUGACGAUACUGAAAUGUAUUAUAGACUUGACAGAAACAGGGCGUCCAAAUCGAAAGAAGGUCAAGGGCAAAAUGAUGACAAGGCCAUGCCAAAAGGACGCGUAAGUGACAUGAGUGGAAGAGAAGAAACAGUUUUGAUUGAGAAUGAUAUAUAUUCGCAAACGCCACCUGGUUGGCAAAGAAAAGGCAGCGCUGCAGACAACAAUAGGGCGAAAAAUGGUGUGUCAGACGGGGCCCACGAUGGGGCAGGUUCAUAUAGUGAUGAAAAACAGCGUAAUACAGAGGAACUGGAUGACAGGCUAGAAGGAGAACACGAAGAACCUGGCUAUGAAAGCUUUGAAGGUGAAGACUCGGCCGCGACCAAGGCUGUAAAUUUGAAUGCGAGGUAUCACAAUUACACCGAGGUUGAUCUAAUCUUAAAUACGGACGACGAGGUCAAGAAGUCAAAACCACGGGUUCCUAACUUCAGGCCAGAAAUUCCUCCGGCGAAACAAGAUGGCGGCAGCUACGUUGACCCUGAUUAUGAAGCUUUCGGAAAUGACGUACCGGAAGGGGGUGUUGACCCUGACUAUGCGAGUAUGAACAAUUCAGAUAAAGAGUCGGAGGAAGACCAUUAUGCAACCGUGGGUGGUGAGGCAAGCCGGGAGGAUCAGUCAUAGUGUGUCCAGUUGUGAUGAAGUGGAGCUUUCACUUUUUUAUCCACACCAAACCAACAUGCUGUGUAUAUAUCGCGAUUCACUUUGUGACUUUUUGUUGCGCGUAUAUUGUAUUAGAAAGAUAUAUUUUCCAUAGAUACAUGUAUAAAUAUACUAAGAGCCUUGAUUGGUCGGAUUGAGUUGUUUGUCAACCAAUAGAACCAGCGACCUGUAGGUUUGAAUGCCCUGAAAAAACACUGGAGAAUUGACUGUGAGUCAUCUAAUUUUCUUUUUACAGAGAAAACCUCUGAAUAUUGGUUUUUUUUGAUGUACACGAUUUACUUUGACUUAAUGAUCAUGGCUAAGAAUGGAAUAACUUCUCCAAAUCACGUGAGAGAGGGCCUAGAAUCGGAUGGGCGUGAUCCCGGUCACAUGAUCGGGGACUUUCAAGUCGUGUUCACCAGAUUACUUCCUGGUUCAUAUAUUAUGGAACACGCAUCCUGUCAUAACAAGUGGUUUAAAUUACGUGUAUACUCUGCCGGUCGAUAUUUUGGAUACGAGGCAGGAGUAUCAAAAACCUGAUCUCAGGAUGUGGACGAUAUGUAUUUCGUAAAAGCCGAGGAAAGUACCUGUCACAAUAAA